UAGCUAUAAAUAGAUUUUGGAGACUUGCCAUAAACGAACCCUUCUUUUAUCGUUUCCGAAUUCCCAUUCUCCCCUCCUGUGACUGCUAAGCUCAAAACAGACACCUCCAUGGCGAUUUAGCAAUUCAGCCGUCUCCAUUUCUUAAGCUCCCAAACUACCCUUACGCCAUUUCCAUGGCGAAAUCGGAUAGUUCGAAAUCGAAACUCCCUCCUUACGUCGAUUCCUCCGCCAAUGUCCAACCUUCCAACGACCUCAAUUCGUACUCGCUCGAGAAAUUUAGACUCUACGAGACUAGACAAAGAUUUUAUCUAGUCGGGAGUGACAGGAAGAGGAAAUUGUUUCGGGUAUUGAAGAUUGAUCGAUCAGAGCCGUCUGAUCUCAAUAUUAGUGAAGAUCUAGUUGUUUAUUCUCCACAAGAAAUAAACAACUUGCUUCAGCGAAUAGCUGAAGGGAAUCGUGCCACUGGGGGGCUAAACUUUGUAGUGAAGGCUUAUGGGAUUGCAGGUUGCAUUAAGUUUCUGGAGUCUUAUUAUUUGAUUCUAGUAACAAAGCGUCGGCAAAUAGGAUUUAUUUGUGGUCAUGUGAUAUAUGGCAUAGACGAGAGCCAACUGAUUACCAUUCCGCAUGUAUCAGUUCAAACUGAUUUGGCUCAUUCUAAAGCUGAGAUAAGGUACAAAAAGCUAUUAUCUAGUGUAGAUUUGACUAAAGAUUUUUUCUUUAGCUAUACAUAUCCUGUGAUGCAAAGCUUGCAAAAGAAUGUGAUAUCAAAUGGUGAAGACAGGAUGCCAUAUGAUAACAUAUUUGUGUGGAAUGCAUAUCUAACACGAGCUAUUCGGUCUAGAUGUGGUAAUACUAUGUGGACAAUAGCAUUAGUGCAUGGAAAUUUUAAGCAGAUCAGGUUGUCAAUCUUUGGGAGAGGCUUCAGUGUUUCACUGGUUUCCAGACGCUCUCGACAUUUUGCCGGUCCCCGUUACUUGAAAAGAGGGGUUAAUGAUAUGGGAAGAGUUGCAAAUGAUGUUGAAACUGAGCAAAUUGUCCUUGAUGAAGAUGCUGGAUGUUGCAAUGGGAAAAUGAGUUCUGUUGUGCAGAUGCGUGGUUCGAUUCCCCUUUUCUGGUCACAAGAAGCUUCACAAUUAAGUCCUAAACCUGAUAUAAUCUUGCAAAAGUAUGAUCCUACCUACCAGGCGACGAAAUUGCAUUUUGAAGACUUGGUGAAGAGAUACGGCAGUCCCAUAAUAGUGCUUAAUUUGAUAAAGACUGUUGAAAAAAGGCCUAGAGAAAUGAUGCUAAGGCGUGAGUUUGCCAGUGCAGCUGGGUAUCUGAACACAAUUCUCCCGGAAGAAAAACAACUUCAGUUUAUCCAUUGGGACUUUCACAAGUUUGCGAAGAGCAAGUCUGCCAAUGUUUUGGCUGUUUUAGGUGCUGUGGCAGGUCAAGCACUUGAUUUGACUGGUUUUUACUUUAGUGGUAAACCUAACACAGUUAAGAGUAGAGCCGACCACCUUAGUCGAACAAGCACCGGAAGGGAUGCUUCUCUUAGACAUCUAAGAGCUAGUUCAGGAGAUCUUGCAAGGAUUGGAAGUAAUAAUGAAAAUCUUAAUUCUAUGACUAAUCGGGAUAGAGAGAGUGAUUCUAGUCAACUGAAAAAACAAGACAAGGUUGGUGCUGAAGGACCAAGUUUUCAAAGUGGAGUUCUACGUACCAACUGCAUUGACUGUUUGGAUCGUACAAAUGUUGCCCAGUAUGCUUAUGGUCUAGCAGCUUUUGGACGCCAACUUCUUGCAAUGGGUCUGACGGACAUGCCCGAAGUUGAUCCUGAUAGUACCAUUGCUGCUGCUCUUAUGGAUAUGUAUCAAAGUAUGGGGGAUGCUCUUGCCCAGCAAUAUGGUGGCUCUGCUGCUCAUAACACUGUGUUCCCUGAGAGGCAGGGAAAGUGGAAAGCUACAACUCAAUCCAGGGAAUUUAUUAAGUCUAUCAAGCGAUACUACAGCAAUACAUACACCGAUGGUGAAAAGCAAGAUGCAAUAAAUCUAUUUCUUGGUUACUUCCAACCACAGGAAGGGAAAUCUCCUCUUUGGGAGUUGGAUUCAGACUACUAUCUUCAUGUCUAUGGGAAUGCGAUAGGAGAAGUAGAUUCCCCCUUUCCAGAUAAUUGCAAUUCAGAAACCAAUGCUAAGCCUGUAGGAGUUGGAAUAACUCUUGCCCCUAUUCCAGCAUGCAGGGAGGACUUUUCAAGAAUGAAGUUGACAUCAUUUGAUAAAUUGAUUGACCGGACAUGUAGUGCUAUAAAGAAUGUAAGACUUUGUAGAGAACCUGAUCACAGACCAGGUGGCAGUACAGGAAAUUCAGGUGUGGCUCCUGAUGCAGUUGAAAUACAGCUCAAAACCCCAAAUUGGCUUUUUGGCCAGAAAAAGUAUGAAGAGAGUGGAAGUGCCUCCAAGGCUGUUAAAAGUGAAAUUGAAAAUGGAGCAUCUUGUAAAGAGAUUGAUGUUGAUGGUUACUCGGAAUUAAAUUUGCUUUCUUCUGUUGAUGAUAACAAUGAAGAGGAUAUCUUCCGAAGGUACCUUGCAAUGACCUCAGUUGAUGAAGCCAGCGGUUGUUAUGGCGGUACCCUAGUACUAGGUGAUCCAGAUGAAAGCAGUGACAUAUAUAAACAUUAUACUGAAUUAUGCCAGGGGCCAGCUAUGGAACCCUUUGAGCAUGAUCUGGACAAGGAGAAACACUAUGCCAAUGCUCUACGCAUGAGCACAAUCGAUGUUGUAGAUGAUUCUGGUGUUGAAGCAGAGAUGGAAGCUGCCUGCAUGGAUUACGAACACAUUGGUGCUGAUCUUGGAAUUUUACCACUGUCAUGCAAGUCCUUCGCCACAGAUCCAAGUUGGUUGACAAGAUGGAUUAUUGGGGAAGAGAAGACAGCAAAGGCCUAAAGUCUCUGCCUUUGCAUGCGUGAUAUGACUGUUGUGAGCACACAGAAGUUUCUUGUUCUCAGAAAAAAGGUAAAUAAUUGUUUAUACAGAAAAACAAAAAAGAAGAAAAGUAUAUAGUCGUUUGUUAAAAUAUGCAAAUGGUAUAAGAAUGCUAUCUUGAUUGGGGCAAGAAACUCAUCUUUGUAUAUGUAGCCUUAACAUGUACAUUCUCUUGAGAGGAAAAUUCAAUCGACUGCAAAGUCACUGUUGCGUGUGUCCAAUAAAACUCUCCCCUGUCAGUACAUAUCUCAGAGAAUGCAUUGCUCUUUCCCUUGUGCAAAAUGGCAUUUACAAAUACUAUUAGUCACUCUUAGUGUUUGAAUGAAGGUGGACAUCAUUUCAUGCCUGUUAUUGCCAGAGAAAACCCAUGCCUACGGUGCCUGACAAGACCACAGAAAUUAAGCUUAUGAAAGUAUAAGGCCCUAUAAUGAUGUGAAUCCAGCAAAAACUCAGAUGAAGAUCUUAUUCUGACUCGGAAGACCAGAAUCUUAGUUGGGAUUUCUUCUCUUUAUGUAUGUUUUUGAUGACAUGACAAGUUGGCAAUCUUUGUUUUAGUUUGCCGUUCCUAUAGACAGUUUUCAGGUGUGCUUGAAAUAUGUUUAAUUAGCACGUGUUGCUCUUGUUCAAUGAUAAAAUGUUUAGUUAUAAAUCUUCGGAUAACUAUGGAGCUCAGAUCAUCCGGGGCACAUCAACCUCAUCUUGCUAUACGAAUGAAUGGAAGAUCUUGGUAAUAUAACUAUAA